AACCCUCCCAUCCAUCUUUCUCAAUCCAAACAAAUCCCCCAUCCCCUAAACUCAAACCACUUGCCCUUCCCCUUUUCAAAGUCACGAGACCCACUGUCCCCUAUUGUUCUUUCAUUUUUUUUUUUUUUAUGAGAGAGCGGGUGACGGAGAAACUGAUAGAGAACUUUCAAAAUCUCCUUUUUUUCUCCACCUUCACACUUCACUCAACUACUAGCCUCCAUAUUGCAGUCUCAAACUGAAGUCUUGUAAUCUUCCAAAGCUUUAGUUAUCUUCAAUCUCAAACAUUGUUCACCUCAUAUUUUCCUGUCUUUCUCUGUCGGUACCAUGAGACCUGAGAAAAACCCCUUAGACCUCAACAACUUGCCCGACGAUUAUACAAGGGAUGGUAAGCUGGUCUUUGAGGAAGGCUCCUCCUCCGGCUCUAGGAAAAAGAAAAGCGGCGGUAAGGAUGGGAAAGAUGAGUGUGGGAAGGUCUAUGAAUGUAGGUUUUGUUCCCUCAAGUUUUGCAAAUCUCAAGCUCUUGGGGGACACAUGAACCGCCAUCGCCAAGAAAGGGAGACAGAGACACUGAACCGAGCUCGCCAGCUGGUCUUCAAUAACGAUAACUUGGCCACCCAAGGGCAUCUAGGCUGCCAUCCAAGCUAUCAUCCCGGAGGCAACGUGGGUGAUCCAACAUUACCAUUUAGAUCAGUUUACCCACCAAGAAUGUUCUCUGGUUCUUCAUCAACGCUGAUGCCACCUACAUUACAACCACCACCAGCACAACCAUAUUUACACCCAUCACCGUCACGCCUCAGCUCCUACCCUUCCCAAUACCCAACUCACUCCAUUAACGAUUACUAUGUAGGACAUGUUCUGGGAAGCAGCGGUUCAUCACAAUAUCCUCAACAAAACUUAAACUACCUUGGUGCACCAGAGUCUAACUACACUUGCAUAGGGGCUCCUGUCGGACAUGGAUUCGGGGCAGGUUCAAAUCGACCGGGAGGCGGAGGUACCGGAGGAAGAGACGUUUCACUGAGCAAUCAGGAAGAGGGACUGAAUUGGGGUAGGAGCUAUGCAGGAGGGACACAGCAUCGUUUGGAGAAUCCUUCAGCGAUCAAUCGAUUUCAGGAUGGGUUCUAAAGAUUGUUUUAUCUUUUUUUUCUUCCCCUUUAAGAAAAACCUUUGGUUAUGUUUAUCAAGUAUUAACUGGUUUGACACGGCACCCAGAGAGAGAGAGAGAGACUCAACAAACUGACAAAUGGGGUCAUGCAAUGCAAGGAAGGAGAGAAAGAAAAGUUUUUGGUUUAUGUACAGGGAUUGGGGCAGCUUUUUGAGCUUUGGACACCCUCAGCUAGUUUGGCUUGGAGCAGUGGCGAUUGGAGAGGGUUGCAUUUUUGUGUAGUACCAAGCCGACUGUGAGAAAUGGGGACUAAAGCUGGGUGGUGGGACAAGUUAGAUAUGAACAGAAAGUUUCUAAUCCCUUUUUGCGUUUGGAUUUUUCUUUUAUUGCAUGGCAAUGAAUUUUCUUUAUUUUCCAUGUUUCUUAAUAUCUCUUGCUAUGUUUUCCACUUUAUUUGAACUCAUCAUCCAUCUUUGACUGGAGCUGCUGCCGGAGUGGGGUGCUCCUCUUUCUCUCUCUCUCUUUCCAAAACCAAAUUUGGGAUCUUGUUGAUUUUUGAGACCUGUAUGGUUACACCAUGUUUGCACAAUAUGGGCAAUUUUGGCCUAGGGUGAAGUUGCCAGUAAAACUUCAUUUAACACUUUUUUCCUUUCUUUUUUGGCUGAGAGUUCCCUGACGAGAAACAAUCAAAUCUGUCAAGAAAAAGCCUGAUAUUGAGCACUGAA